ACAUGUCGGCCAUUUCUGGCCACUUUGGCAUAAAAUCACGUUGGAUAUCUUUCCUUGGAAAACCUUACAACUAAAGGGAUACACCGACGGGGUGCUUAAUUUUCAGGGAGAGGGAUAGAUCUUCUAAGUCACCAUGGCUCAGAGUUUACCCAUCCGCUUUCAGGAGCAUUUACAGCUCCAAAAUCUGGGCAUCAAUGCCGCCAACAUCGGCUUCAGUACGCUCACCAUGGAGUCGGAUAAAUUCAUCUGUAUCCGCGAGAAGGUUGGCGACCAGGCCCAGGUAGUCAUCAUCGACCUCAACGACUCCGCUAACCCAAUCAGACGUCCAAUCUCUGCCGACUCCGCCAUCAUGAAUCCGGCUAGUAAAGUUAUUGCUCUCAAAGCUGGCCGCACUCUCCAGAUCUUCAACAUUGAGAUGAAGAGCAAGAUGAAGGCCCACAACCUGACCGAGGAGGUCCACUUCUGGAAAUGGAUCAACGUCAACACCAUCGGCAUGGUAACGGACAACGCUGUGUUCCACUGGAGCAUGGAGGGCGACUCGCAGCCAUCCAAGGUGUUUGACCGCCACUCCAACCUGGCCGGCUGUCAGAUCAUCAACUACAGGACGGACGCUAAGAUGCAAUGGCUACUGCUUAUUGGCAUCUCUGCUCAGCAAAACCGAGUUGUGGGAGCGAUGCAGCUGUACUCGGUUGAGCGUAAGGUCAGUCAACCCAUCGAGGGUCACGCUGCUUGCUUCUCAUCAUUCAAACAGGAAGGCAACCCAGAGGCCUCUACCAUCUUCUCCUUUGCCGUCAGGGGAGCCGCAGGCGGCAAGCUUCACAUCAUCGAGGCUGGCAGCCCUCCGACCGGUAACCAGCCCUUCUCAAAGAAGGCCGUGGAAGUGUUCUUUCCUCCAGAGGCCCAGAACGAUUUCCCGGUGGCUAUGCAGGUGAGCCCCAAGCAUGACACUGUGUACCUGAUCACCAAGUACGGCUACAUCCACCUCUACGACCUGGAGAGCGGCACCUGCAUCUACAUGAACCGUAUCAGCGCAGAGACCAUCUUCGUCACCGCGCCCCACGAGGCCUCCUCCGGCAUCAUCGGAGUCAACCGCAAAGGACAGGUGUUGUCCGUCAGUGUUGACGAGGAGAACAUCGUCACUUACAUCACCAACACCCUGCAGAACCCGGAUCUUGCCCUGCGUAUCGCCGUGCGCAACAACCUCUCCGGCGCCGAGGAACUCUUUGUGCGUAAAUUCAACACCCUCUUCUCUCAGGGUAACUUUCCGGAGUCGGCUAAGGUGGCUGCUAAUGCACCAAAGGGCAUCUUGCGCACACCGCAGACCAUCCAACGCUUCCAGCAGGUUCCCACACAGCCCGGUACCACCAGCCCUCUGCUGCAGUACUUCGGCAUCCUCUUGGAUCAGGGAAUGCUCAACAAGUACGAGUCGCUUGAGCUGUGCCGACCGGUGCUUCAGCAGGGACGUAAACAGCUCCUGGAGAAAUGGCUCAAGGAAGAUAAGCUUGAAUGCAGCGAGGAGCUUGGAGAUCUCGUCAAGGCCCACGACCCAACUGUUGCAUUGUCCGUCUACCUUAGAGCUAAUGUACCAAACAAAGUGAUUCAAUGCUUCGCAGAGACUGGUCAGUUCAGUAAGAUUGUCCUGUACGCCAAGAAGGUCGGCUACACUCCGGACUACGUCUUCCUCCUGCGCAGCGUGAUGCGCAUCAAUCCAGAGCAGGGAUCCGGCUUCGCCCAGAUGCUUGUCCAGGAUGAGGAACCACUGGCCGAUAUCAACCAGAUCGUGGACGUCUUCAUGGAGCAGAACAUGGUCCAGCAGUGCACCUCUUUCCUCCUGGACGCCCUCAAGAACAACCGCCCGUCUGAGGGUCACCUCCAGACUCGCCUCUUAGAGAUGAACCUCAUGUCGGCCCCACAGGUCGCUGAUGCCAUCCUUGGCAAUCAAAUGUUUACCCACUACGACCGGGCACACAUUGCCUCGCUGUGUGAGAAGGCUGGACUCCUGCAGAGGGCUCUGGAGCACUACACUGACUUGUACGACAUCAAGAGAGCAGUGGUUAAUACUCACAUGUUGAACCCAGAGUGGUUGGUCAACUACUUCGGCUCGCUCUCCGUGGAGGAUUCCCUGGAGUGCCUGAAGGGCAUGCUGUCAGCGAACAUCCGUCAGAAUCUACAGAUCUGCGUUCAGGUGGCCACCAAGUACCACGAGCAGCUCUCCACUAACUCCCUCAUCGACAUCUUUGAGUCCUUCAAGAGCUACGAGGGAUUGUUCUACUUCCUGGGCUCCAUCGUCAACUUCAGUCAGGAUGCUGAUGUUCACUUCAAGUAUAUCCAGGCUGCCUGCAAGACCGGACAGAUCAAGGAGGUAGAGCGUAUAUGCCGUGAGAGCAACUGCUACGACCCGGACCGUGUCAAGAACUUCCUGAAGGAGGCCAAGCUGACCGAUCAGCUGCCCCUCAUCAUCGUCUGUGACCGCUUUGACUUUGUCCACGACCUCGUUCUGUAUUUGUACCGUAACAACCUGCAGAAGUACAUUGAGAUUUAUGUACAGAAGGUGAACCCUUCUCGUCUCCCGGUGGUCAUUGGUGGUCUCCUUGAUGUGGAUUGCUCUGAAGACGUCAUCAAGAGUCUCAUCAUGGUUGUCAGGGGACAGUUCUCAACUGAUGAGCUUGUGGAGGAGGUCGAGAAGCGAAACAGAUUGAAACUGCUUCUCCCAUGGCUAGAGACUCGCAUCCACGAGGGAAGCGUGGAGCCCGCUACUCACAAUGCAUUGGCCAAGAUCUAUAUCGACAGCAACAACAAUCCAGAGAGAUUCUUAAGAGAGAACCAGUACUACGACAGCCGUGUCGUUGGUAAAUACUGCGAGAAGCGCGACCCCCACCUGGCCUGCGUGUCCUACGAGCGAGGGCAAUGUGACCGAGAGUUGAUCAACGUCUGCAACGAGAACUCCCUCUUCAAGAGCGAGUCACGUUACCUUGUGCGUCGUCGGGACCAGGAGCUGUGGGCUGAGGUUCUUCAAGAGUCCAACCCCUACAGGAGGCAGUUGAUUGACCAGAUUGUGCAGACAGCCCUGACAGAGACCCAGGAUGCUGACGAUAUCUCAGUGACAGUAAAAGCUUUCAUGACGGCUGACCUGCCAAAUGAGCUCAUUGAGCUGCUGGAGAAGAUUGUGCUGGAAAAUUCCGUUUUCAGUGAUCACAGAAACCUUCAGAAUCUGUUGAUCCUGACGGCCAUCAAAGCGGACAGAACCCGCGUAAUGGAGUACAUCAACCGCCUGGAUAACUACGACGCCCCGGACAUUGCAAAUAUUGCCAUCGGCAGCGAGCUGUACGAGGAAGCAUUUGCCAUAUUCAAGAAGUUUGACGUUAACACUUCCGCUAUUCAGGUCUUGAUUGAGCAUAUAUGCAACCUGGACCGUGCGUACGAGUUUGCAGAGCGUUGCAAUGAGCCCUCAGUAUGGAGUCAGCUGGCCAUGGCACAGAUGAAGAGCGGUCUUGUGAAAGAAGCCAUUGACUCGUACAUCAAGGCCGACGACCCUUCAACUUACACUGAGGUCGUUGAUGCAUCAACUGCAUCCGGUAACUGGGAGGAUCUGGUACGCUAUCUGCAGAUGGCUCGGAAGAAGGCCAGAGAUUCCUUCGUGGAGACAGAGCUCAUCUUUGCAUUCGCAAAGACGAAGCGUCUCGCCGAUCUGGAAGAGUUCAUCUCUGGACCCAACCAUGCUCAGAUCCAACAGGUUGGUGACCGAUGUUACAAUGAAGGCAUGUACGAGGCGGCCAAGCUAUUGUACAACAAUGUCUCCAACUUUGCCCGUCUGGCCUCCACCCUUGUUCACCUCGGGGAGUACCAGAACGCAGUGGACAGCGCCAGGAAGGCCAACAGCACACGAACAUGGAAGGAGGUAUGUUUCUCAUGUGUUGAUGGUGAGGAGUUCCGUCUAGCCCAGAUGUGUGGUCUCCACAUUGUGGUCCAUGCUGACGAGUUGGAAGAACUCAUCAACUACUACCAAGACAGAGGAUACUUUGAGGAAUUGAUUCAGCUUCUUGAGGCUGCUCUCGGUCUGGAGCGUGCUCACAUGGGGAUGUUCACUGAGCUGGCAAUCCUCUACUCCAAGUACAAGCCCUCCAAGAUGCGGGAACAUCUGGAGCUGUUCUGGUCGAGGGUCAACAUUCCAAAGGUGUUACGAGCAGCCGAGCAUGCUCACCUAUGGGCCGAGUUAGUGUUUCUGUACGACAAGUAUGAGGAGUUUGAUAACGCCGUAGUCACGAUGAUGGCACACCCAACCGAUGCCUGGAAGGAGGCGCAGUUCAAAGACAUCGUUACAAAGGUUGCAAACAUAGAGCUUUACUACAAGAGUAUCCAGUUUUACUUGGACUAUAAACCCAUGAUGCUGAACGACCUUCUGACUGUGCUCAUCCCACGUAUGGACCACACCCGAGCCGUUAGUCUCUUCUCUAGACUUGACCAACUACCGCUGGUCAAGCCAUACCUGAGGCAGGUGCAGAACCACAACAACAAGGCCAUCAAUGAUGCCCUCAACGGUCUCCUCAUCGACGAGGAAGAUUACCAGGGACUCCGUACCUCAAUCGACGCCUUCGACAACUUUGACAACAUCUCCCUCGCCCAGCGUCUGGAGAAGCACGAGCUCCUGGAGUUCCGACGCAUCGCCGCAUACCUGUACAAGAGAAACAACCGCUGGAAACAGGCUGUGGAGUUGUGCAAAAAGGACAAGCUUUACAGGGAUGCCAUGCAAUACGCCGCCGAGUCGAGGGAAACGGAGACCGCCGAGGAGUUGAUUGCCUGGUUCUUGGACCAAGGUCUACACGAGUGCUUCAGUGCCUCUCUCUUCAACUGCUACGACCUCUUGCAUCCGGACGUCAUUCUAGAGCUGUCUUGGCGCCAUAAGAUCAUGGACUUUGCUAUGCCGUACAUGGUGCAGGUCAUGAGGGAAUACCUCUCAAAGGUUGAUAAACUGGCAGCUUCAGAGAAGGAGAGAUCCGAGGAGAGUGAAUCAAAUAAGAACCAACCCUUGGUGUACAAUGAACCCCAGCUGAUGCUGACGGCCGGUCCAGGCAUGAUGAUGGCCCCUCCCCAGAUGCCCCCCAUGGGUGUACCCGGAGCGGGUAUGAUGGGGGCGCAACCGGGCUACUAUGGCAUGUGAGAGUAGCGCUUACAGUAAUUGAACUAGAGAGUCUCACAAAAGGGGGAAAGAAUAACCCAUUCAACCGCCACUUCUUAGUUCCUUGGAGAGGGGUAAAGCAUUUGAGGGGGAUACUGCAGCCAGGGGAUGGGAGUCAAAUUUCUUGGUUUUCAAAAAAAAAAAAAAUUGAUUUGUGCAAAAAAAGAUCACAAACUCAAAUCACAAAUUUUUGAAAUGAGUGUUUAGUUUGCUUCAGUGUAAAAGUUGAGUGGGUUCUUUAAAAAAAAAAGAUUUUGUGUUAAUUCAAUUCAGUGAAUUUCAAUCUAAGUGAUGGUACAGUUGUCUUUGCUUCUAUAAAAAUCUAACCCCCCCCCCCUCUUUUCUGGAAGGCGAUGUUAAGGUCGAGGCGGUUAUUUUUUCCCCCCUAUACUAUUUUUGUUCGUCUGUCUGUAAAUCCCUAGUAUAGAGCUAUAUAAUAAUCUCUGGCAUAUUAUUGGUUUGUUCACAAAGAGGUGGGUUUCGUACCUUGAAGCUCAGGGGUGAUCAGAAGUGGGUUUCAUAUCUUGAAGCCCAGGGGUGAUCAGAAGUGGGUUUCAUAUCUUGAAGCCUAGGGGUGAUCAGAAGUGGGUUUCAUAUCUAGAAGCUCAGGGGUGAUCAGAAGUGGGUUUCAUAUCUUGAAGCCCAGGGUUGAUCAGAAGUGGGUUUCAUAUCUUGAAGCCCAGGGGUGAUCAGAAGUGGGUUUCAUAUCUUGAAGCUCAGGGGUGAUCAGAAGUGGGUUUCAUAUCUUGAAGCCCAGGGGUGGUCAGCUUUUUCCCCAAAGCCACUGCUUUGCACGCAUAAUUACUUACUAAAACAGCCAGAUUGCAAUGUUAAAAGUGUAUUAUUGCGGCGGGUAACUGUUUUCUAGGUGGCAGAUGUUAUUCAAGUCUGGGGCUCUGAAGCGAUUCCCUCCCAUUCAACUAAAAACAUAUUUCAACAGUUUUUUGGCGAUAUUUUAGUUGAUGAGGUAAUGACAGAGGUGCUUGCUGGUUACCCCUUGUGGAUAUUUUACAUGGCUUAUGUUUGUGUGCAGCAAUAGCCAUUUGCUCAUGAUUAUUACAUUUGCGGACACAAUUCAAGAGUAUGCGCAUCAAAUAGUUUCUACUUCAAGAUACCCUGUGUAUGCGUAGAUUCUUUAUGUUAUCGUAGAUUAGUGCUGCUUCGCAACUCUUUAUAUGUGUAUAUAUAUAUAUCUAAAUUUAAGGCGCAUUUUAGCCCCCGCCCCAACGCUUCCCAUUCCUCAUCCGUUAUCGUCACACUGUACUCAAAUGUGUUUGCGUGUUUAUUGUAUAGCUCUAGAGGGAUCUUUUUUCUUUCCUGACCAAGGAAUUGAAAAAGUACAAAGAAAAUUAACUGUUUUUUGAAAAUUUUGUUGGGUGUGGCAGUUCAGGUUUUAGCCCCAGUGUGCUCAGCUGAUGUUCCGGGUAACUUGGAAAUUGGGUUUUUUCCUGUGUUGAGUUUAUUUUAUUUUUUGUUUUUUUUUGGUGAGUGAUUGGUGAGUUUCGUCAUUCAGAUGUCAGUUAUUAGUCCAAUUGUGUCCGUGCAGGUUAAUAAUAAUUGGCUUUAUAAAAAAAAAAAGGAGAAAAAAUGUAAAAGAAAAAAAAUAAAUACAUAAAUGUAAUGAAAUAUAUUGGGGUAAUGUAAUAUAUUAUAACAAAUACUGAAUUGAAAAACACAAUAGUCAAAGAAAAAAAAUUGUUUAAAAAAAUUAUAUAAAGGCAAGAAUGAAAAAUAUGAUAGUGUAGACUGUAGAGAACUGUAGUGGCUAGAAACAAAUGUAUUCAUUUAGUGUAGAAUAGAAUAGAUCCCUAACUGGUGUUUUUAAUUGUGAUUACGAAUUGGUUCAAAAUGUCAGAAUCCAAAUUGGAUGCUUUGAGCUUUUAAGCCUGGUACCAUUAUAUAUUUUCUGUGUGGGAGUGAUAUUUUUGUAUAGAUCGAAGAAAAAAAAUAAUUAAAGUCAUUCCAUCCAUGCAAAGUGAGCAGGACCCAAUUUCAUAAAGCUGCUGAGCACUGAUAAGAUCUGCUUAGCAUAAACAGGCUACCGGUCAAAAUACUGUACAAUGUUCCUGUAGAUUAUGACGGGUUCCCUUUGCUUAGCUGUUUUCAUCUGGUAAGCAAUAUUUGCUGCUUAGCAGUUUUAUAGAUUGGGAAGUAAGUAGUGAAAUGGUCAGUUUUGAUUGGUUAAGUGGAACAUUCCUUAAACAGUGUUGUGGCUUUUUGUAUCAGCCUAUAAAUAUAGCACUAUUCAAGUCUUGUAGUGUUUAGAGUGUUGGGGUUUAUCAUUUAGAGUCAGUCCAUGUUCCACAAUCACAAGGAAGGAGGGGUUAGAACUAGAGUGAAAUUAUUAUUGAAAUGUUUUAUUGAAGCAUGAGUGCAGGGGAAUUCGUUAUGGCGUUAUAGGACAAUGUUAACCGAAUGAGAGGUUUAAAACAAUUGUAUGUUAGCCUGCCGUAUGUAUUGACGACUUUGGGACGAUUGAUUGAGAGAAUUUGUGGGGUUAUCUACAAAUAAUUUAAGGACUUUUUUUAUUUUUACGAAACACCAAUCACAUAGGUCGGAGGUUAGCUGAGCACACUGAAUGGGUCAGGGGUCAUGUUGAUCCGAUCAGGAUGUAGGAUUUAUUUUGAGAGUUAAUUUCAAAAUUGAAUGGUAACGAUGAGAACGAGCGAGGCGUGUAGUUUGUAGAUUUUUGUAUUGUCUGAUAAAUUAGUCAAGUUAGCACAAGUUUUAACAAAGUUAAUCGUUGUCAUUGGCAACUGUGAUGUCUCUCUCUGAUGGUAUCAGCCUUGUAACAUGGGAAGAACACACACCGAAUUCUGCUCCCAGAGAAAUAACCUCAUCUCAGUCGGACAAAAAUCAAGUGUUUGGUGGGAUUUCACUGGUUUAUUCAUAUUAUAUUGAAUAUUAGGAAACAAACUAAUGUAUGUUCCUAAUAAAAGGUGGAAAAGCAGAAUACCAAACCUGAAAACAUAAACUGUGUAUUUCAGUGUAUGAAGCUAAUGUGACAUUUUCUAAAUAACAAGAUACAAUAAUAAUAACAAGAUACAAUAAUUGUAAUAGACCUUUAUCACGGUGUGGUCAUUUGAUUAUACUCCAUCCAUAUCAUUGUAACCAAACUGAGGCUGGACGAAAUAAUAGUCUGGUGCCAUUCGCAAUGAAUGUUAGCAUUCAUUACUGUUAUUGGAAACAGGGAACAUGUCCGCGAUGGUGACUCCGUGAUAAAGGUCUAUUGUUAAAUUAGACUGGGAAUUUAUAAUGCUGUACAGACUUGCUGCUUUAGCUUACUGCGCAGUCCGAUUUCUGCUUUCAGUGUUCUUUGUGUUGCUGAUUUUACAAUGUUGUUUAAAAUCACAGACGAACGACCUCAAAUUUAUUAUUUCUUAGCUAAGCGAUUUUGUAGUAGGUAAAUUCAAAAACUCUGUGACAGAGGAGGAGCUAGUCUAUUUAGAUUUCAAUCAAACUCUGUUUAAUUUUAGCAGUUGAAGGUGUUUUGUUUUUAGAGAACCAAUUAAUACCGUAGUUGGCAUGGUGUACAAUCACACUUAGAGAGUCAGUUGAACUUUUGUUCUCAGAUGUUGGAGAUCAUCUUUCUUGUAAUCACCCUCAUAGUUACACAAAUUCUGUUUAAAAAAUGAGGUGCUUCAGUCCACUGUCAUUUCAUAAAUGAGCAUCUUGUCAAAACAUAACAGUGGCAGCAGAUGUGUUUAAAAAGCAAAAAUCCAAAGUUGUUAAUAAACGUUAACAUUGUUUGGCUGUAACAUUAAUAACCAAAAAAGCAUAUA